UGGGGACCGGUUCCUGGAGCAACGCUCCCCCACUUCGUCCUUUUUGGGAGGUGGGAGGCCUUGUGGCUGAGCGAGCUCUGAGCUCCGCCUGUGGCAGGGAGAUCACCUUGCCUGAUACCCCGGGUGUUUUUUUUUCUUCUUUCCUUUCUGUUUUUUUUCCCUGCAGGGGUGGGUGAAAGAAAGAAGAGUGCAGUGAACUGAUUCAAUCCCUAUAGCAGGGAGACUGCACGGGGUACAUUUGAUGCCCCAGGGCCCCUGCGGAGGCAGCUGACCCAGGCUCCACCCGGCUCCCUGGCAUCACCCUUGGUGAGCGAGGACCUCUCUGACAUGGCUUCAAGCAUGGCUGACCCAAGCAGCCUCGUCCAGCACACCAACUCCUGCCUUGCCCACCACCCGCCCCGGGUGGCCAGCGUGAUGCUCUCUCUGUUCUACACGGCCCUGUUGAUCUUCGCUGUCCUGGGAAACGUCCUGGCCCUUCGCCUGGCCUAUCAGAAGGACGAGAAGAUCAACUCGACAGGUGUCUUCCUGGUCCACCUGGCAGUGUCCGACCUCCUGUUCGCCCUGACCCUGCCCGGAAAGAUCACCUACUUCCUGCUGGACUUCAGUUGGCCUUUCGGGGAGGGGCUCUGCAGGCUGACGGCCUUCAUCUUCUUCGUGAACACCUACUCGGGCAUCUACCUGAUGACGUGCGUGAGCGUGGACCGCUACUUGGCGGUGGUCCGUGCCCACCAGUGUCCCCGGCUGCGUGAGCCCGGGCGGGCCCGGCUCAUCUGCGCGGCUGUGUGGGUCCUGGCGACGCUGCAGACGAGGGUUUUCAAACUGUGCCUGCAGCUCACCGUCUGCCUCAUGAACUUGAACUGCAGCAUCGACCCCAUCGUUUACUUCUUCGCGUCCUCGCGUUACAGGAAAUGGCUCCGCCGCCUUCUGAAUCUCAAAGCAUCACCAUCCUCUCCCUCCUCCCCGCCAGGAAAAGCUUCCUCAGAAACACAAAGUAUCAACCAGACGGGAGGCUCCUUGCCCUUGGAGGAGAAUGAAGUCUAAGAGGUUCAACGUGAGCCUCUGCAAACAGGAAACACUUCCUUCACUUUGUCUUCUUCAAAAGCAAUAACCAC